AUGUCUCAAACCGCCUUUCGAUCUCCAAGUCCCCUCGCAGCACCGGCGGAGAUUCUUGCCCCGGCAACCCCAGUCCGUCGCAACACUCUAUCUCCUUCGCCAGACCUCAGUGCCGCCGUCAAAGAUCGCUCCUCUCAAUCAGACAAGAAGUUCCUGUCUCCACCCGCCCUCUCAUCAUCCGAUAUGACUCCGCCGCCUUCCACCCAGAUUCCCGGAGCGCCUCUGCGCCGGUCUCACUCUCGCUCUCUAAGUCCCGCCAUUGUUACCCCCGCCGACCUGGACAAGUCACUAUGCGCCGCCUACGGGGCGUCGGAGAACCUCCCAACGACUGAAGAGAUUGACAAUGCCAGCGAGACCCGACUGCGACAAAUCGCCAAGGAUCUUCUCGCCGUGGCCCAAGAGGCUCGCAUGUCGGCGCUGCAUUUCAAGCUUCAAAACAGUCUGGUCUCAUUUGCCAGCAACGAGGCAGUCAAGCGCGCCGAAGUCGAGCAGCAGCUCGCCAAGCGGGAGGUUGAGAUUCUUCAGAGCGCCGAGUAUCGCAGUCGCUCGCGCCCUGCCGAGCCCUUGACCCCCAAGCAAUCUCACUCUGUCCCCACCGACGACUACCUGGCCGUCCUCCACCGAUCACAGGAACUAGAAAAUGCCAAUCUUGUUCUGGACCGCCGUCUUCGCAACGCGAAGCGUGCCAUUGACGAUACAACUGCCCGCUCAGUGGAGCUGACUGAACAAAAUGAGAUGUUGAAGCGUCGUAUCCAGGACAACCGCAAUCACUUUUCCCAAAUUUACAACUACGGUGGCUUGUCUCCCGGUAUGCAGAAUGAGCUCCACACGAUAUGCCGCGGCGAGCACACCGAUGGCCUUGCAGCGCUUCUCUUCGCCGACAAAUUCACCAACCGCCUCCAUGAACCACAAGGCUCGUAUGGCGCCCACUCCUCUGUCCCUGUGACACCCAACCAGCCGCGCUCCGCCCGCCAGGAUCGUCACUACCUGACGCCAGGCCGCAAUGCACGCGACCAAUACGAUAGCGACAGCACCGUGUCCCUGUCCGCCCCCGAGUCUGAAGACGAGAUUGUCGAGGCCAGGCAUCAGCACGUGCGGACUACCGCCCCUAAAACCAGCACUCUUCUUCAGACAAAGCUAUUUGGCCAGGUGAAGAAGGCUGGCGUGGAACGUCCCCAAUCUUCCAAGCGCAAGGCCGGUUCUGGCGAUAGUCCAGCCACGAAGAGAUCCAGGACCAAUGCCGGAGUGGGUCUGGGCAUCGAGACCUAA